UUUGCGAAACUGCAAGGUUGCACAAAGGACAAUCGUACAACUUCUUGUGGAAAAUGCAUAGAUGGGGAAGAGUAUAUGGAUAACUACAAUUAUCUCCCUGAAUGUCGGCGAUGUAGUCACUGUGACACUGAACAUGGUUUUGAAGUUGAAAAGAAUUGUACCAUCUACCAGAACGUAAAAUGUAGAUGUAGGUCUGGCUACUUCUGCAAUUCUUCUGGACCAUGUCGCCACUGUGAUCCAUGUGAUGAGUGUAAAGGUGGUAAAAUUCUAGAAAGUUGCACCCAAACCAAUAACACCAGAUGUGACAGAACAGAGAUUGUACAAGAUAAAAUAGCUCCAAUCGUUGCAGCCGUUGUAGUCAGCAUAGUCCUUGUGGGGAUUUUCAUUGGGGCAAUGUGGUAUGUGCGUGAAAAGAAGAAAACCGCAGAGUACAAUGUCAGAGAGGCGCCAAACGGAAUGGAAAUGGAGCCUCUCCGUUAUCAAGAUAUCGAUCUGCUCCCUCACAUUCCUGUUAUUGCAGAGGAGAUGCAGCUGUCAGGAGUCAAGGCUUUUGUUCGGAGACUGAAGGUGACGCCCAAUCGCAUAGAUGUGAUCAUAAAUGAUAAUCCAAAUGAUGGUGCUGAGCAGAAAAUAAAGCUGUUAGAAUGCUGGUACCAAGAACAUGGGAAAAAAGAUGCUUACAAGACUUUGAUCACCACACUGAGAGACCUUCGCUUACGUGCCACUGCUGAUAAGAUUGAAGAAAAAAUAAACGGUGCAAGAAAAUAGCAAUCAUGCUCCUUCCUGAUCACUGCUUUAUAUACAUUCAGUUGAUCUUCUGCUCACCUCAGGCUUUCAUUGGUGCCAUCAAAUAGCGGAUUGGCUUCAAAGUGUAUGACUUCAUUCUGUUCUCUUAAUCCAGUGUUUCUCAAUGAGGGGUGUAUGAGGAUCUAAAGGGAAGGAGGGUAUGAGUGCUUCCAUGAUGUUUAAAUUCUUUUGAAGUUCAAAUUAAAUAAAGGAGCCUCAUUCGAAGAGGAGCAUGAGAUUUGUAUAGCAGAGAAACGGAGGCAUGGAUUUACAAAAGGUUGAGAAACACUGAGUAAAUUCUUCAUCGAAUGGGAUAACACUAAUUUGGAAAACAAAACAAAUAUUCAUGAAAUCUAACUUCUUUCACUGGGGGGAAAAGAAAAUUGAUUUGUCAACCCAAAAUUCAAAAUUUGGGAAUAUUCAGCACAGCUCUCUUUCUAAAGUGCUGAAAUGGUACUGCUUGCAAACCAGCGCUGUCUAUGUGUUUGUUUAUCACUGCAGGAGAGAGGGUCUUUUCAGUGGUGGCACCCUGGCUGUAUAAUGCCCUGCUAAGACAGGCUUGGUUUUAGCUUUAGGCUACUUUUGCUUUCUGUGACUGCAUUAAUCCUUCUUUGUUUUUAUUUUUAUUGAAUUUCAAAUGGUUUUAUUUCUCCUUGAAAGCCACUUGACAAUGCUGUUGCAGCCUAUAAAAUCUGUUCAGCCUGUAAAUAUGUAAAUAAACAGUUUAUUA